AUGUCUGUGGACAUGAAUAGCCAGGGGUCUGACAGCAAUGAAGAGGACUAUGACCCAAAUUGUGAGGAGGAGGAAGAGGACGAGGACCCUGGUGACAUAGAGGACUAUUACGUGGGAGUGGCCAGCGAUGUGGAGCAGCAGGGGGCCGACUCCUUCGAUCCUGAGGAAUACCAGUUCACCUGCUUGACCUACAAAGAGUCCGAGGGUGCCCUCAAUGAGCACAUGACCAGCUUAGCUUCUGUCCUAAAGGUAUCUCAUUCAGUUGCUAAACUUAUAUUAGUUAAUUUCCACUGGCAAGUUGCAGAGAUACUGGACAGAUACAAGUCUAAUUCUGCUCAGCUGCUCGUUGAGGCUCGCGUUCAGCCCAAUCCAUCAAAACAUGUGCCCCCGGCCCACUCCCCUCACCACUGCGCAGUGUGUAUGCAGUUCGUGCGGAAGGAAAACCUCCUCUCUCUGGCCUGUCAGCACCAGUUCUGCCGCAGCUGCUGGGAGCAGCAUUGCUCCGUGCUCAUCAAGGACGGUGUGGGUGUGGGUGUCUCUUGCAUGGCUCAGGACUGCCCACUUCGAACACCAGAGGACUUCGUGUUUCCAUUGCUGCCCAAUGAAGAACUGAGAGAUAAAUACAGGCGCUACCUCUUCAGGGACUAUGUGGAGAGUCACUACCAGCUCCAACUAUGCCCUGGUGCAGACUGCCCCAUGGUUAUCCGGGUACAGGAGCCCAGAGCUCGCCGAGUACAGUGCAAUCGGUGCAACGAGGUCUUCUGUUUCAAGUGUCGUCAGAUGUAUCACGCCCCCACAGACUGCGCCACAAUCCGGAAAUGGCUCACGAAGUGUGCAGACGACUCUGAAACAGCCAACUACAUUAGUGCCCACACUAAAGACUGUCCCAAGUGCAACAUCUGCAUUGAGAAGAACGGCGGCUGCAAUCACAUGCAAUGCUCCAAAUGUAAACACGACUUCUGCUGGAUGUGUCUAGGAGACUGGAAGACCCACGGCAGCGAGUACUACGAGUGCAGCCGGUACAAGGAGAACCCCGACAUCGUCAACCAGAGCCAGCAAGCCCAGGCCAGGGAGGCCCUCAAGAAGUACUUGUUCUACUUUGAGAGGUGGGAAAACCACAACAAGAGCUUGCAGCUGGAGGCACAGACAUACCAGCGGAUUCACGAGAAGAUCCAGGAGAGGGUCAUGAACAACCUGGGGACCUGGAUCGACUGGCAGUACCUCCAGAACGCUGCCAAGCUCUUGGCCAAGUGUCGAUACACCCUGCAGUACACGUAUCCAUACGCCUACUACAUGGAGUCCGGGCCCAGGAAGAAGCUGUUUGAAUACCAGCAGGCUCAGCUGGAGGCUGAGAUUGAAAACCUGUCGUGGAAGGUGGAGCGGGCGGACAGCUAUGACAGAGGGGACUUGGAGAACCAGAUGCACAUAGCGGAGCAGCGGAGGAGAACGCUGCUAAAGGACUUCCAUGACACCUAG